CUUGGUUGCACAGAGCAGAAGAAGAAGAAGAAGCGACCAGGAUGAGGCAGAAGGACAGGGAUCCUCGCAGAUGGCCGUUCAAACUACUGGCUGAGAGACAACCACGCAGGCAGGGUGGCGUACGAGCAUCCAGUCGAUCAAGUCCGCUCGUCUUCUCUUACACACACACACACACACACACACACAGGCAGACAGACAGACAGAUACACACAGGCACCCACACCCACACCCACUCACGCUCACACACAUACAUCCACAUCCCGGUCACUUGUCGUCUUUUUCGGUCGGUAGGGGGAAGCUCAAGAGCAAAGACACCCUAGUUUGGUGACUAACUAGCUUCGGUCUAAAAUUCUGUCAGUUGUCUUCAGAUUCCCGACCGGUUACGUCCAGAAUACUCUAAUCCUGGUCCUGCCUACCUGCUUGCAUACAGACAGACAGCUUUUCCAGUAGGUACGGACGGACCUACAUGGAUACCUGGUACGGAGCAGCCCGCAGCUUCAUCGCCAGAUCAUGCGCUUUUACUGUUUUCGGCUGAGUCUGG